AGUCGCUUUCCGUGAUCCACCCACGCAUCAUUGGCGGGUCCGAGGUCAAGGACAGAUGCCGGCCGCCCUACAAUUCCAUGGUGGCCCUCCAGUUCGAGGCCAGCUCCGGUGCGUUCACGUUCUGCUCGGCCGCCAUGUUGUCGGAGACUGUCCUGGUCACUGCCGGCAGUUGUGUGUCUCAAAUCGCCAUUUUGAACGAGAACCCAAUAACAGCGGUGAUUGGUGAACGGGAUUUGUACAUGACAGAUUUUGACGAGCAGCGUAUCAGCAUAGAAUCCAUCAAGAUUCACCCUUUAUUCAAUAACCUUACAUUAGACAACAACAUCGCCCUGCUCCGCCUUUCUAAGAGCGCCAUGCUCAGUUCCUGUGUCCGACCGAUCGCUAAGUAUGCCACGGAUCCUACAGCCUGUGGCGAUCUGGAUCAGUCUUGUUUGAUGGUGGGCUGGGGACCGUAUGCAGACAUCGACAAGCCAACCAACUCCCGGCUUCCACGGUACGCCGCCAUCACUGUUUACGGCGAGACGGUCACCGGCCUGUGGUCUCGGUUUGAACGGGGAGUCGACCCGCCUACAGGUUCACUGUACGCUGAGGCUGCCAACCCUCACAUCAAAGCUUGUUUCUUUGACUGGGGAGGCAUCGUCAGCUGCAUCAGGAACGGGAUCUACGUUCUCGGCGGCGUCAUUGGCGAACUCAACUGUAACUCGGCAGUGUCGCUGCCAAUCUUAGUCACCGACGUACCCUCGUACCAGACCUGGAUUGACAAGUGCACAGCUAACUGGAACAGUUGCUGA